UGAGUCACAUCAACAGUAACAGCAUGAGACUCGGUGCGGCUGUACUGAUCAGUUUACUACUGGUUGUUGACAAGGCUGAUUCUAAAAAGGAUGUCAAAUGUGGAGGAAUCCUUUCUGCUCCCUCUGGCAAUAUCUCAAGCCCAAACUUCCCAGGCCUGUAUCCCUACAACACUGACUGCUCAUGGCUUAUUGUGGUGGCAGAGGGAUCCUCUGUUCUCCUCACCUUUCAUCACUUUGAGCUGGAGUACCAUGUCAGCUGUGCUUACGACUACAUCAAAAUCUACAAUGGAAUAUCUGAGGAUGAGGGAAACCUCCUUGGGAUAUUUUGUGGUGACAUGUCUCCACCUCAGUUCACCUCAUCGUGGAAUGUCAUGUCCAUCAUCUUUCAUUCAGACCGCCAUGUGGCCCACAGGGGCUUCAGUGUUGGCUACAAAAAAGAUAUGUGUGGUGGAGUCCUAACUGGCCUCUCAGGUGUAAUCUCCAGCCCAGGCUACCCUCAGGAGUACAGCAACAAUGCAGACUGCUCUUGGACCAUCCAUGUGUCCAAUACCAGUGUGGUCACCUUGGUCUUCUUGGACUUCCAACUAGAAAACAAUGAAGGGUGUAAUUAUGACUUUGUGGCCCUGUUUGAUGGCCCGUCAGUUACCCACCGCCACCUCGGCAAAUACUGCGGAGUAGAUAAACCCCCCAGCACAGUCACCACUUCCAACCAGCUUUUGGUAGUCUUCAAGUCUGACUUCAACAUUGGGGGGCGGGGGUUCAAGGCCUACUACUUCUCAGGUGAAUGCCAGCAGGUCCUGUCAGCAAUAAGUGGCAAUUUUAGCAGCCCACAUUUCCCUAACAUCUACCCGAACAACGUCAACUGUCACUGGACCAUCACCCUAGCAGCUGGAUACCGCAUCAAACUCUUCUUCCCUGUCAUGGAUUUAGAAGACCGCAACAGCCUGUCAGAUGAGUGUGAUUACGACUAUGUUGCCAUUUAUGAUGGUGACAGUCAGACAGACACCCUGCUGGGACGCUGGUGUGGCAGGGAGCAACCGCACUCUCUCAUCUCAAAGGGCAACAAGUUGCUGGUGGUACUCAGCACAGACAGAAAUGAAGCUCACAGAGGGUUCACUGCCUCUUAUCUUGGAGUGGUACCUGUAAAUGUCAGCUGCACAAGAUCAGAAUUCUACAUUUUGAUACCCCAGCAGUCCUUACCUCAGCUGGACCGUGAGAGCAUCUACCUGGGAAACCCAACCUGUACAGCCCAAUUAAUAGCCACCUCAUAUAAGAUACUUGCUCAGUUUGUCAACUGUGGCACUGCAAGCCAGAAACAUCGCAACAUCACCAUGCUGGUAAACAAACUCUACAUUGAUUUCUCUGAUGGGAAGCAGCAGAAUGUGCAAGAGUAUAAGGUGCAGUGUGAUGCCCUGAGAAAGAUUGCAUCAGUGUCCAUCAUUUCAGAAGAGGAGCGGCAUCUCGAGGAGCAGGCCCAGCAAACUGACAGUGAUAGUAAUGGAAAUGCAGGGGGGCAGGAAGCUGGGCCUCACGACUUGAGCGAUAUUGUCUUCAUUAGCAUCUGUGUUCUGGCUGUUAUUCUCAUGGUAAUUGCUAUUGUUUGGCUGGUGCUGCUUUAGUAACAAAUACUGUAGUCUUA